AGCUAAUACCAUAUAAACAUACCAGUCAUUCUACAACAUUUCAUUCACAAUACUAAGCGAUACCAAGAUAUACAAAAUGAUUUCUUACCGCCAUCCUUACCUAGCUGUCUCGAAUGCUCAAUGGACGCCAUUUCUUCGUCUCAAUUACGCAGGAAGUCCGGAUUCAGAAGAUAUUAUAACAAAAAAGAGAAAAUUUUCAUCUGAUGAAAAUUCGGGUUUUAAGAAAGUUACAAUUGUAAAUCAGGAGACACAAGAUACAAAAAUUCUAGACACUUCAGAGUCGCCCGAACAAGUGGCAAAAUUUAAUAACCGACAAAGAAAAGCAAAAACUCUUUUCACUAUCGACGCAUUACUGGGACAUUCGAACGAAAGCCCAAGCAAAAAGAGAAAACUAGAGCUUACACAGUCAACAAAAACCAAAAAUGAUUCAUUCGAUUCUGGUUUUGCAUCGUCUGAAGAAAACGAUGAAUCGAUUAUUGCAUGUACUGAUGCAAAUGAUAGUGGAAUUUGUGUCAGUGAAUCACGAGAAGAAUAUGGACAAAUUCAUUCCGUGCCAACAGACUUACCUCAACCCAAAGUAAGAAACAAUCGACAAUUACCGCAUCCAGAAUACUACAGUCGUAUAUAUAUUCCUAUCAAUGAUGUAUAUUAUUUAUAUUCUGGUUUAAACAAAAUUGUGCAGCAGAAUUGGAUGAAUCACAGCCAACAUGCGAUAUCGUAUGCACCGAUUGAGACUACAGCUUUUGUUGGUCAAGGCAAUACUCAGUCGAAAAUGUAUUCACAUUUAUCGAAACACAGACCUCAAAGAACAGAAAAGGCUAAAAGAACAAGAACUACAUUCACUCAGAAACAAUUAGAACGUUUGGAAACUGAGUUCAACAAUCAACAAUACAUGGUCGGAAUUGAAAGACGAAUACUUGCUAAAAACCUCAGACUCACAGAUGCGCAAGUAAAAGUUUGGUUUCAAAAUAGAAGAAUCAGAUAUAGGAAUGAGAAGAAGCGCGAACCCCAAGAAGAAGAAAACAACAAAUUGGACAUUCACAAACGCGAAGCGAUCGGAAAAUGUUAGGAUUUCUUAUGAUCACAGAUUUAAGUUCCAUAGUUUCUUAGAGGUUGUCUUUGUAAUAUUUGUUCAUCAAAUGUUUCAUGAAAUAAAGUUUCUAAUAAA